CACAGCAUACAUUGUAUAUUAAUUUAUCGUUCGGUCCAAAAAGAAAACAUCUUUACUUGACCUGCUUUAUUCGCAUUUUUCAAUCACCGGAAUCAUUGAAUUUCCACAUUAAAUAUACUUUCGAUUGGAAUUUCAAGUGAAAAAUCAUAUCAGUUGCCGGAAAGUUUUGUGUAAAAUAAUCGAGAAAUUAUAUUUGCAAUUGCUUUGUGCAUGGCAAUUGUUCAUUCGAUACGUAAACAUUCAAUGUCAUCAAGAGAAGUGAAAAAAAUUGUGUGAAAAUGGCUUCGAUUGAAUCAUUACAAAAUAAAACAUGGGAUUUAUCGUUGUACGAAUUAAAUCGGCAGCCACAAGUGGCAAUUACCGAUAAUACAGAAAUUGCCGUAUCACCGCGCAGUUUACACAGUGAACUAAUGUGUCCGAUUUGUUUGGACAUGUUAAAAAAGACAAUGACGACCAAAGAGUGUUUACAUCGUUUUUGUUCGGAUUGCAUUAUAACGGCAUUGCGUUCAGGCAACAAAGAGUGUCCAACAUGUCGUAAAAAACUGGUUUCAAAACGUUCACUGCGGCCAGAUCCAAAUUUUGAUUUGCUCAUUUCGAAAAUCUAUCCGAGUCGCGACGAGUAUGAAGCACAUCAAGAACGUGUACUGGCCAAAUUCAAUCAGAGCCAAUCACGUGCCGCUCUAGUGAAUUCGAUAACCGAAGGCAUUAAAUUACAAUCACAGAAUCGACAACAACGUACAAAAAAACAAUUGGAACAAGAGGCACGCAACGCUGAAAAUUCAAACGCUGCCCCGACAAAUCAAAAUGCCGAUGAAAGUUCAUCGACAGCGGCUGGUUCGACAAAUCAACGAUUCGCAUCAAAUCCACCGUCGGUUCGUUCAACACCAUCGCCGGUACCAUCGAAUAUUAGCAGCUGUGGCACUGGCAGCAAAAUUAAACGAGCCCGUUCGAUUUUAACGGCAUCCGAACGGUCAGAAGAAUCCGAAAGUAACAGUGAAAUCGAUUAUAGCCAUGGCAAUGACUCAAAUUUGGAUACAGAAGGUGAAGGCACGUCGGAGCUGGGUGUUAGUGAUGAAAUUGAACUAAUUUUCAAACCACAUCCAACCGAAAUGACCGGCGAUAAUCAUUUAAUUAAGGCACUCAAAGAGAAUUCCGUACGAUAUCUCAAAACAACGGCAAAUGCUUCAGUUGAACAUCUUAGCCAAUAUUUAGCGAUGCGACUAUCACUUGACCUCGAUUCUGAAUUGCCAGCCACGGAGCGUUUACAGAAUUUCUGUAUUUAUAUUGCACCGCAACCGGGCCAAUUUCUCAUUCUAAAUGGAAAUCAAACACUUCAGCAAGUUAACGAGAAGUUUUGGAAGAUCAAUAAACCGAUGGAAAUGUACUAUGCCUGGAAAAAAUCCUAAGCACCGCAUCUAAUUAAUCAUAAUGAUAACAAUCUCAUUUUAAUAUAACACAAAUUCCCUGACUUAAUUUUUAUCUAAUUUAUGAUUUCGAAAGAUGAUACAAGGACACAAGUGAAUAAAACACAAUUGGAAUUACCCAAGGUUGAAAUUGAAAAAGAAAAUGCGGUGAAGAGAUUUUUGGGCAUUUUUUUGCAAAUUAACUGCACCAGUUUUGAAUGCGAUGGAUUUUGAUAUCGAUGCAUUGUUUUCCUCGCUUGCUACAUUUUUUUAGCCAAUAUUAUUGUCCAAAUCAAAGAUUUUUUGAUACAUAUUACAUAUUCAUAAACAUUCUGACUAAAUAGAAUCAUCUGUAAUUUGCAUAUUUAGACUGUUUGACAUUCAAAGUGAAGCGAUAUGUGUUUGCAAUCAAAAAAAAAAAAUUCCGCUUGUAAAAAGCAACAUGGAAUGAACUCGAGUGUUCGAGUUUUUUUCCACUGAAUCAGAAAUUGCAAACAAUAAAACAACUCAUCAUAAUCACCCAACGGAAUGUCAUUAAACCGAUAUAAUAAAUGAAUAAUUAGAAAAUAUGCAAAAUUGUGUGAGCAAAGGUGCGCUGUAUAAAUAGGCGAUAUUAGUUCCAUGUGAUCAAGAUGGAAAAUUGAAUAAGUUUUUUUUUCUUUCACACACAAGCACUUAAUCCUAUUUUUAACAUUUUAAUUUGUAAAUUAAAACAAUACAAGAUUGACUUGGCGAUUUUUAUUAGAGUAACUACUUUAUUUGUGGUAAAAGUAUAUCGCUCUUCUCAAAUAAAACAUAUGGAAAAAAUACACA